ACAGCUUUACUCUGUAAGAAAAUUGGAUUUCUUUCUUUACGAGCUAAAUGAAACAGUGUAUAUAAUGAUGAAUCUCACUUAGUCAAGAAAAAAAAAAAAAAUACUAUUAGAUUUCAAAAACAAAACAAACACAAAAAAGUUUCAAAAUUGUUCUCUUUCCUUUUCUUUAUAACUUUUCACAAGACUAGAUUUUGGAAUCUCGUUCUUGAGAGAGAGAGAGAGAGAGAGAAAGAGACAGAGGAAGAAGAUGAGGAGGGUGAAUUGGGCGGUGGUGGCUCUGUUUACAGUAUGCAUUGUUGGGUUUGAGCUUAGAUUCAUCCAUGGAGCUACAGAUGCAUCAGACACUUCGGCAUUAAACACAUUGUUCAGCAGUAUGCAUUCACCAGCUCAGCUAACACAAUGGACUGCAGCAGCUGGUGAUCCUUGUGGCCAGAAUUGGAGAGGUGUGACUUGCUCUGGGUCACGAGUUACUCAAAUAAAGUUACCAGGUCUUGAGCUCUCUGGAACACUUGGAUACAUGCUUGAUAAAUUGACUUCUCUCACCGAGCUUGAUCUAAGCAGCAAUAAUCUCGGAGGUGAUUUACCAUAUCAGCUUCCUCCAAAUCUGCAACGAUUGAAUCUUGCAAAUAACCAAUUCACUGGAGCUGCUCAAUACUCCAUUUCUCAUAUGACACCACUUAAGUAUCUCAAUCUUGGUCACAAUCAGUUUAAGGGGCAGAUAGCUAUCGACUUCUCAAAGCUCAACUCUCUCACAACCUUGGACUUCUCUUUCAAUUCUUUCACGAAUUCUUUACCGGGAACUUUUACCUCUCUAACAAGUUUAAAAUCAUUGUACCUUCAGAACAAUCAGUUCUCAGGCACCGUCGAUGUCUUAGCCGGUCUUCCUCUUGAGACUUUGAACAUUGCAAACAACGACUUCACAGGUUGGAUCCCCAGUUCUUUAAAGGGCAUUACAUUGAUAAAAGAUGGCAACUCAUUCAAUACUGGACCUGCGCCUCCACCACCACCUGGAACACCUCCAAUCCAUGGAUCCCCGAGCCGUAAAUCUGGAGGACAUGAAAGCCGGUCUAGUGGUGAUCAGUCCACCAGCAAUGGAGAUUCCAAGAAAUCAGGAAUCGGAGCUGGUGCAAUUGCAGGCAUAAUCAUUUCAUUGUUAGUAGUUACAGCUCUUCUUGUGGCUUUCUUCUUGUUCAAAAGAAAAAAAACAAAGAGAUCAUCAUCAUCCUUGGACAUUGAGAAAACCGAUAACCAGCCUUUCACUCUUGCUUCAAACGACUUUCACGAAAACAAUUCCAUUCAGAGUUCUACAUCAGUUGAGACAAAGAAACUGGAUACUUCAUUGUCUAUUAAUCUUCGGCCUCCACCAGUUGAUAGAAACAAAUCAUUUGAUGAUGAUGAUUCGACAAGAAAGCCUAGUACUGUCAAGAAAUCCAUGGUUGUGGUUCCUUCACAUGUGAAAGUCUAUUCAGUUGCAGAUCUCCAGAUUGCUACUGGCAGUUUCAGCGUAGAUAAUCUUCUUGGAGAAGGGACUUUUGGACGAGUAUACAGAGCUGAGUUUGAUGAUGGAAAGGUUCUUGCUGUGAAGAAAAUUGAUUCGUCUGCUCUUCCACAUGGCAUGACCGAUGAUUUCAUUGAAAUGGUAUCGAAAAUCGCCAGUUUGAAUCAUCCAAAUGUGACCAAGCUUGUUGGUUACUGUGCUGAGCACGGACAGCAUCUCGUGGUCUAUGAAUUCCACAAAAAUGGAUCAUUACAUGACUUCUUACACUUAUCAGAAGAGGAAAGUAAAGGCUUGGUGUGGAAUUCACGAGUCAAGAUUGCUCUUGGGACUGCACGCGCACUAGAGUAUCUGCAUGAAGUUUGUUCACCAUCUAUAGUUGACAAGAACAUCAAAUCAGCUAAUAUUUUACUCGACUCAGAGCUGAAUCCUCACUUAUCAGAUUCCGGUCUGGCAAGCUUCCUUCCCGCAGCUGAUGAGUUAAUAAACCAAACCGAUGAAGGGUAUAGCGCACCUGAAGUAUCAAUGUCAGGCCAAUAUUCUUUGAAGAGCGACGUUUACAGUUUCGGAGUAGUGAUGCUUGAACUCUUAACUGGGAGAAAGCCAUUUGACAGCACGAAGUCAAGAUCUGAGCAGUCAUUGGUUAGAUGGGCGACACCACAACUUCACGACAUUGAUGCUUUAGGCAAAAUGGUUGAUCCAGCUCUUAAAGGGCUUUAUCCUGUUAAAUCUCUCUCUCGAUUUGCAGAUGUUAUCGCUCUCUGCGUCCAGCCGGAGCCGGAGUUUAGACCACCGAUGUCUGAAGUUGUGCAGGCUCUGGUUGUGUUAGUGCAGAGAGCUAACAUGAGCAAAAGAACUGUCGGAGUUGAUCCACCGCAACGUUCUGGUAACCCCGACACGACCAAUGAUUACAUGUAAAAGUCCCCUCUCCGUCGGAUGAAGUCACAGAAACAACAAAAAGAAAAUUGGAAGAUAAAUAGCAUUGUAUAAUCCCAUUGUUUUAUUGUAUUUGUAUGUUGUUCCAAAGUUUGUAGCUUCUUGAACAAAAUUCUUUCUUGAUUUCUUCCAACAUCGGUUCUAUAUUGGCUUGGUUCAACUA